AUGGGUGACGCCAUUGAACCGGAGGCGCAGCCCAACGCCGAGACGGGCCUCGACUUCGCCGCCGUGCAAGCCCGUUACGCGCAGGAAAAGGCAAAGCGGCUCCACCCUGAGGGCGUCGAGCAGUACGUCGAGCUCACCAACUCGGGUCGGCUCCAAUCCCUCGCUUCAGACCCUUGGGUCGACCAUGACGCGCUCAAUGCCGAGCCCCCAUCCCUGCGCAACGGCGAUGACAUCAAGGUUCUCAUCCUCGGUGCGGGCUACGGCGGCCUCCUCUACGCAAUCCACUUCAUCCAGCAGGGCAUUUCGCCGUCUGACAUUCGUCUCGUGGACGCGGCCGGCGGCUUCGGCGGCACGUGGUACUGGAAUCGAUUCCCCGGCCUCCAGUGCGACACGGAGGGGUACACGUACAUGCCGCUUCUCGAGGAGACGGGAUACGUGCCCAAGCACCGCUUCUCGUACGGGCCCGAGCUGCUCGACUACGCCGGCGUGCUGGCGGACAAGUGGGACCUCCGCGACAAGGGCGUGUUCCGGUCGACGGUGCGAAGCUACGACUGGGACGCCGACGCCGUGCGGUGGAUCACCAAGAUCCGACAGGGUCGGGGGCCGGGCCAGGCCGACGUGGAGAUGAAGGUGCGAGCACAGUUUGUCGUUGUCGCCAACGGCGUGCUCAACCACCCCAAGGUACCGCGCACCCUACAGGGGUUUGAGGGCCCGGCAACACACACGGCGCGCUUCGACUACGGCAUCACGGGCGGUACGCCGCGCGACCAGCAGCUGACCAAGCUGCGCGGCAAGAGGGUCGGCAUUGUCGGCACGGGCGCGACGGCCGUUCAGGUGAUCCCCGAGCUGGCCAAGUACGCGGGCGAGCUGUACGUGUUCCAGCGCACGCCGUCGGGGGUGACGCCGAAGCACCAGCGCGAGACGCGGGCCGAGGACUGGAAGGCCAUGACGGCUGGCGAGCCCGGCUGGCAGAAGCGGCGCAUAGAGACGUACUGCGCCGUCAUGGCGGGCGAGCCGGGCGUCGAGGACACGAUCCGGGAUGGGUGGACGCAGGCCAAGACGUACAGGGCGCUCAUCGGCGGGGCGCACGACGCGCCGCUCGCGAUGGAGGACGUGCCGGCGCACAUCGGGGCGCUGCUCGCGCUCGACGCGCCGCGCACCGACGCUAUUCGUAGGCACGUUGACGACGUGGUCGAGGACAAGGCGACGGCCGCGGCGCUCAAGGCGUGGUACCCGACGUGGUGCAAGCGGCCGACCUUCAGCGACAACUACCUCGCGACCUUCAACCGGCCCAACGUGCACCUCGUCGACACGGACGGCCGGGGCGUCGAAAAGGCGACGGCGACGGGCCUCGUCGCGGCUGGCAAAGAAUACCCCCUCGACAUCCUCGUCCUCAGCACAGGCUUCCGCUCGCCGGUCGUCGGCCUCGGCGAGCCCGGCACGGCAUCCAACAUGACGAUCCGCGGCCGCGACGGCCGCCUGCUCGCCGAAAAGUGGGAGGCCCAGGGCCCGUCGACGCUGCACGGCGUGCUGACGAACGGGUUCCCGAACCUCUUCCUCUCGGGCCCCAUGCAGACGGGCGCGUCGGCCAACUUUAGCCACGUGCAAAACGUGCUGGCCGAGCACUGCGGCUACAUCCUCGGCGAGGCCGUCCGUCGGGCCGCCGCGCGCGGGCUGGCUGCGGACCGCGUCGUUGUCGAGGCGACGGUCGAGGCCGAGGAGGCAUGGGCCGGCAGGCUCAUGCAGCGGGCGGCGUGGUUCGCGGGCGCGGGUAUCUGCGCGCCUAACAUCAAUAACAACGAGGGCUCACUGGGGGCGGACCCGGCGUCGCACAUGAAGAUUGCUAGGGGGGCGCCGUAUGCACUCGGAAUGAACGCUUACGCGCGAGAGAUCAGGUCGUGGCGAGAGGAGGGCACGAUGAAGGGGGUCGACGUCUGGUAG